GACCAGCUGAACCGUGACCCCGAGCUCCUGGCCAACAUUACCCUGGGGGUCCGCAUCCUCGACACCUGCUCCAGGGACACUUAUGCCUUGGAGCAGUCCCUGACUUUCGUGCAAGCCCUGAUCGAGAAAGAUACCACGGACGUGAGGUGUGCUAGUGGAGAGCCGCCUAUCAUCACUAAACCCGACAAGAUCGUGGGAGUUAUAGGAGCCUCUGCAAGUUCCGUCUCCAUCAUGGUGGCCAAUAUAUUGAGACUUUUUAAGAUCCCUCAGAUCAGCUAUGCAUCAACUGCCCCAGAGCUGAGUGACAACAGCAGAUAUGACUUCUUUUCCCGAGUGGUCCCACCUGAUUCAUACCAAGUCCAAGCAAUGGUGGAUAUAGUUACAGCACUUGGAUGGAAUUACGUCUCGACUUUAGCCUCAGAGGGCAACUAUGGGGAAAGUGGUGUGGAAGCAUUUGUACAGAUCUCAAGGGAGACUGGUAGGGUUUGCAUUGCGCAGUCACUGAAAAUUCCUCGAGAGCCAAAACCAGGUGAAUUUGACAAAAUCAUCAGACGCUUGCUGGAAACCCCCAAUGCUCGUGGAAUAAUUAUAUUUGCAAAUGAAGAUGACAUCAGCCGUUUACUGGAGGCCGCCAAGAGAUCCAAUCAGACAAAGCAUUUCCUAUGGGUCGGCUCUGACAGCUGGGGUUCAAAGGUCGCACCAGUGCACCAGCAAGAAGAGGUCGCUGAAGGGGCUGUCACCAUCCUCCCCAAGAGAGCCUCAAUUGAAGGCUUUGAUAGAUACUUCAGAAGCCGUACACUGGAGAACAACAGAAGGAAUGUCUGGUUUGCAGAGUUCUGGGAGGAGAAUUUCAACUGUAAAUUAAGCUGGCAUGGGAAAAGAAAUAGCAAGGUCAAGAAAUGCACAGGAUUGGAAAGAAUUGGAAGGGAUUCAUCAUAUGAGCAGGAAGGAAAAGUGCAGUUUGUCAUCGAUGCUGUGUACUCAAUGGCACAUGCAUUACACAAUAUGCACAAAGAACUGUGCCCUGGUUAUGUUGGUCUCUGCCCCACAAUGAGCUCUGUGGAUGGCAAGGAAUUGCUGCGGUUUAUUCGAGCUGUGAACUUCAGUGGAAGUGCUGGAACCCCGGUGACAUUUAAUGAAAAUGGAGAUGCUCCUGGACGAUAUGAUAUCUACCAGUAUCAGGUUUCCAACCUGACCUCUCAUGAGUAUAAGGUUAUCGGACAGUGGACUGAUUACCUUCACUUGAACGUGAAGAACAUGCAGUGGGGCAGAGGAGAACGCGCCAUCCCACAGUCAGUCUGCAGCCUGCCAUGCAAGUCUGGUGAGAGAAAGAAAACCGUGAAGGGCGUGCCCUGCUGUUGGCAUUGUGAGCGGUGUGAAGGCUACCAGUACCAAAUCGAUGAGACAACUUGUCAAAUGUGUCCGUUUAACAGGAAACCAAAUGCGAAUGGCACAGACUGCCAGCUGAUCCCCAUAAUCAAACUAGAAUGGCAUUCUCCUUGGGCCAUAGUACCUGUCUUCAUAGCUAUUCUUGGGAUUAUUGCCACCACAUUUGUUAUUACAACCUUUAUUCGUCAUAAUGAUACACCAAUAGUAAGGGCAUCUGGCCGAGAGUUAAGCUAUGUUUUGCUGACUGGAAUAUUCUUGUGCUAUGCUGUAACCUUCCUAAUGAUUGCAACUCCUGACACAGUUCUUUGCUCUUUCCGACGCAUAUUCUUAGGACUGGGCAUGUGUAUUAGCUAUGCAGCACUGCUCACAAAGACUAACAGAAUUCACAGAAUAUUUGAACAAGGUAAGACGUCUGUCUCUGCUCCGAGAUUUAUCAGCCCAGCUUCCCAGCUGGCAAUCACUUUUAGCCUAAUCUCUCUGCAGCUCCUGGGAGUCUUUAUCUGGUUUGCUGUCGAUCCUCCGCACACUAUUGUAGACUAUGGGGAGCAGCGAACUGUUGAUCCAGAAAAUGCCAGGGGCAUUCUGAAAUGUGACAUUUCUGACCUUUCUCUCAUCUGUUCCUUGGGAUACAGCAUUCUGCUGAUGGUUACAUGCACUGUGUAUGCAAUUAAAACAAGAGGGGUUCCAGAGACCUUCAAUGAAGCCAAACCUAUUGGAUUUACCAUGUACACCACCUGCAUAAUUUGGUUAGCUUUUAUUCCAAUAUUUUUUGGCACAGCCCAGUCCGCAGAAAAGAUGUACAUUCAGACAACAACUCUUACUAUUUCCAUGAGUUUAAGUGCUUCAGUAUCUCUAGGCAUGCUGUACUUGCCUAAGGUUUAUAUUAUCAUCUUUCAUCCAGAGCAGAAUGUGCAAAAACGCAAGCGUAGCUUCAAGGCGGUAGUGACGGCAGCCACAAUGUCAAGCAAACUGUCACAAAAAGCAAGUGACAGACCAAAUGGAGAGGUCAAAACUGAACUCUGUGAAAGCCUUGAAACCAAUACUUCUUCUACCAAGACAACGUAUAUCAGCUACAGCAACCAUGCAAACUGACUUGACUUUGAAAAACCUGAAGUAGUCUGAAGAGACUGCAUGUAUGAAAAUGAACCCUCGCGUCUCAUCAUUUGGAAAGCGCUCAGAGUGUACUACCUGCUGGGAGGCUGAAGGAAGAGCAGCUUCCAGCUCAAUCAGAUGAGGUGUCCCCAUGUGUGUUCCAAGACACAGGUCUGGUGACAAGGAAAACCCAAACAGGUCAUCGCGUAAUUGGCAGUUUUUUUGGCGAGGAAUGUUGGCCAGAGUGAACCCAUGCCUGUUGUUCUACUUGUAAGUCUUGUGAUUGUGCAAUUUUUCAUUCUUGUUUUGAAAGGCUUUCUCUGCCCUGCGUAAUGCAAAAAAAAAAGGCUUGUUGUAUGUACCAACUAGCUGAAUUGCAACACUGCGUGGCACUUAAACAAAUGCAAAGGUUGAAGCAUGUCAAUUUUUUAUACAACGGAUGUAUUUGUAAUAAAGGAAUGUUUUACAAAA